UUGGUUUCGGCCCGAAGAAGCGGAGGAGGGAAGAGCGAUCCCCUCGUCGUCGCUGCUUAAUUGAAUCCUUCAGUUUGAGUUUUAUAAUCACAGAUCGUUCGCUUUGGCUAUCUGAGAACGGGAAGGCUCCGGCAUUGGCUCACGGCGGAGCUGGAGAGUUACCGGUGAACGGAGACGCUUACUGAUCUGAAUUGGUGAAGAUUAGAAAUGACAGAAUCGAGUCUGGAUCUGCAGGAAUCAGGUUGGGAGGAACUUCGGAGGGAAGCUCGUAAAAUAGAAGGCGAUCUAGAUGUUAAGCUCUCUUCUUACGCUAAGCUUGGCGCCAGGUUCACCCAAGGAGGGUAUGUUGACGCUGGGUCUCCAACCGUUGGAUCUGGAAGAUCAUGGAAGUCCAUGGAGAUGGAAAUUCAAUCGUUGCUUGAGAAGUUGUUGGACAUUAAUGAUUCCAUGAGUAGAUGUGCUGCAUCUGCCGCACCCACAACAUCGGUUACGCAAAAGCUUGCAAGGCACAGGGAUAUACUUCAUGAAUAUACCCAGGACUUUCGAAGAAUAAAAGGAAAUAUAAACUCGAUGAGAGAACAUGCUGAGCUUUUGAGUUCUGUCAGGGAUGACAUAAGUGAAUACAAGGCUUCUGGUAGUAUGUCACCAGGUGUGCAAGUCUUAAGGGAGAGAGCUUCGAUCCAUGGAAGUAUAUCCCAUAUUGAUGAAGUCAUUGGUCAAGCUCAAGCGACAAGAGCAGUUCUUGGCUCUCAGCGAUCUCUGUUUUCAGAUGUUCAAGGGAAAGUAAAAAAUCUCGGAGACAAAUUCCCAGUGAUUCGUGGCUUACUUGGCUCAAUUAGAAGGAGACGUUCUCGGGACACACUUAUCCUCUCCGCUGUCAUCGCUGCUUGUACGCUGUUUUUAAUCAUCUACUGGCUCUCUAAAUAAACAGUUUGUUCAUACACCAAAACUAUAAAAAAACGAGCUUCCCUCAGCAUCCUUAGAUCGAUUUUUCCAAGUUUUUUUCUUCUUGCUUUUGUAGUUUGCCAUUUUGUUGGGUUAUGUGUUUGUAGGAUAUAAAUAUAAUGGUACACCAUGAAUCUUAAAACAAAGCUUAAAAAAAAA